AUGUACGAAGGGAUUGACAACCUGAAAUCCCUUUACGACCGUGCCGGGAAGACUUUCUCCGGCGGUCCUUCUGUGGCACAGGAUGUGCCGCGUCGUACUGCUCAACCAGAACCAGUGCGUCAAUCAUCAGUUGGGAGCGGGGCUCCCAAGUAUCCCAGGACGGGGGAUAGCCGCGCCACCGGACGAGAUAACUCGUCCGACGUCCGUUCACGUUGCGGUGGUUCAACAUCUGCUCAACUAGAUAGCGCUGGCCACCGCGAGAGUCCUCUAAUGGAGGUGGAGGAGGAGGGAAGACGCUCUCCACACGAUCAUGGGGAUCCGUGUGUUCCCGAGAGCUUCUUUGAUCGCGUAACGCAAGGGUUACGCGGAGAUCUCGAACAUGAGCAGGACAGGCGUCUACAAAUGGCGGACACUGUCUCGAAGCAUCGAGCUGAGUUUGCCUUUGCUCAGCUUGAGAACGAGAGAGCUCUGACAUCUCUUCGUGACGAGCUAAGGGUAUCUCGUGGGAUUGUUGAUCGGUCUCGGGAUGAGAUAACUGCUCUCCAGACCCUUGUCGAUGCCCAUCAUCGGGAGCACAAGGCUCUCUGCGAGAUGCUUGAGCGCAAGGGCGUUCUUCAUCGGAAGAAGAAGCGUACUGAUGGUACGGCUUAA